CCAACCCGUACCGCAGCUGAUGAUUCGUGGCUGUCGUGUUUUGGUCUCUGCUAACGCCGGAGUCUGAAGAUGACAGCGAGAAAGUCUGGAUCACGACUCGAGACCGAGAUAGAACGAUGCCGUUCGGAAGGGCAAUGGGACAAGAUACCAGAGCUUGUACGGCAGCUGUCUGCCAAACUAAUAUCAAACGAUGACCUGGGGGAGCUGCUGCUGGGGGAGGCCAAGCUCCAGCAGUACAUCAAGGAGAACCCCAUCAAGCAGGGGGCCAGCCCCAGGGGCCCAAGACCCAGGCUAGUGGAGGUCCAUAAGCACCUGACCGCUGCCCUGGACCGAGGGAACCUCAAGCCGGACUACAUGCAAGAGGCCAGCAUGUUAAUGGCCAAGCUGUCCUACGUGGAGGGAGACUACAGUGAAGCCAUCAACCAGUAUGGCAAAGUGACCCUGGACGAGCUGGCGCUGGUGGGAGCCCCUGUCUACCGUCUCUCCAUGAUCGCCGAGGCAUACGCUACCAAAGGUCUGUGUCUAGAGAAAGUCCCGGCUGCGUCUCCGGCCCUGUCCAAUCGUAACGUGGACAAAGACCAAGAAGUGAUUACCUGCUAUGAGAAGUCUGGAGACAUCGCCCUGCUCUACCUACAGGAAGUAGAGAAGGCCCUCAGUGCGGGGAUGCAGAACCGCAGUCCAAAGCCAGGCCCAGUGGCACAGGAACAGGAGCUGGGAUACUUCCUGGAGACUGGACUUCAGAGGGCACAUGUCAUCCACUUCAAAAACGGUAACCUGACCCGGGGAGUGGGCCGCUUCCGGGAGAUCCUCCGAGCUGUAGAGACCAGGACCACACAGAACCUACGAAUGACCAUAGCGCGACAGCUAGCAGAGAUCCUGCUGAGGGGGAUGUGUGAGCAGAGCUACUGGAGUCCUCUGGAGGACCCGCCCAGCCAGUCCCCCCUGGAUGACCCCCUACUACGCCAGGGAGCCCCCUACACCAAGGACUACGCACUCAGCCGCAGGCCACGUGUCUACUCCGGAGAGAAUCUGUUUUGUCCACAGGAAAACACAGAAGAGGCUCUGCUCCUGUUGCUGAUCAGUGAAUCUAUGGCCAACAGAGAUGCGGUGCUGAGCAGGAUUCCAGAGCACAACAGCGACCGCAUCAUCAGCCUGCAGAGUGCCUCUGUGGUCUACGACCUACUGACCAUCGCCCUGGGCCGACGGGGACAGUACGAGAUGCUCUCUGAGUGUCUUGAGAGGGCCAUGAAGUUUGCCUUUGAGGAGUUCCAUCUCUGGUACCAGCUGGCCCUUUCACUGAUGGCUGCUGGGAAGUCGGCCCGAGCGGUAAAGGUACUGAAGGAGUGUAUCCGUCUGAAGCCCGACGACCCAACCAUUCCCCUGCUAGCCGUCAAGCUGUGCAUCGGAGCACUCCAUUGGCUGGAGGAAGGAGAGUGUUUUGCUAAGAUGGUGGUGGACAUGGGGGAGAAGGCCUCAGAGUUCCGAGCUAAAGGUUACCUAGCCAUCGGCCUGGUGUAUAGCCUCAAGGCUACAGACGCGUCCCUACGGGGGAUGCAGGAGGAGUAUCAAAGGAAGGCCCUGGGUGCAUUCCAGAGAGCCCAGAGCUUGUCCCCCACAGACCACCUGGCUGCCUUCUACCUGGCCCUGCAGCUGGCUGUGUCACGGCAGAUCCCGGAGGCUCUGGGGUACGUGCGUCAGGCUCUGCAGCUGCAGGGAGACGACGUGCACUCUCUCCACCUGCUGGCCCUGCUGCUGUCGGCCCAGAAACACUACCACGACGCUCUCAACAUCAUCGAGAUGGCGCUCAGCGAGUACCCAGAAAGCUUCAUCCUGUUGUUCACCAAGGUGAAGCUGGAGACGUUGUGUCGAGGACCUGAGGAGGCUCUGCUCACCUGCAAACACAUGCUGCAGAUCUGGAAGUCCUGUUACAACCUCACCAACCCCAGUGAUUCAGGUCGAGGCAGCAGCCUGUUGGACAGAGCCAUAGCAGACCGAAGGACGCUCAAUGCCAUGACGCUGCCUGACUUCAGUGAUCCAGAGACGGUCUCUGGCUCCUCCUCUCUCUCGGGGUCUGAGCCCGCCUCCCCUUCUUCCCCUCUCUUUCACGCCGGCCCCUCCCACCACCCUCCUCCCAUCACACCCCCCAAGGCCGACCCCCCUCUGCACCCCCCGAAGCCGGCCGGCGGCCAUCAUGCUUUCUGUGACCACACCCCUCGACGACAGUCCACCAAUAGCUCGGUCCACGCCACAUCCAUGGCGGCGUCGCGGGUGGAACAGGCCCUGUCAGAGGUGGCAUCCUCCAUGCAGAGCAGUGCCCCCAAACAUGGACCCCUACACCCCUGGAUGACUCUGGCUCAGAUCUGGCUCCACGCAGCGGAGGUGUACAUUGGCAUGGGCAAGCCUGCGGAGGCGACGGCCUGCACCCAGGAGGCUGCCAACCUGUUCCCCAUGUCCCACAACGUGCUGUUUAUGCGGGGCCAGGUGGCUGAGCUGCGGGGCAACGUGGACGAGGCCAAACGCUGGUACGAGGAGGCCCUCUCCAUCAGCCCCACCCACGUCAAGACCAUGCAAAGACUGGGUCUGAUCCUGCACCAGCUGCAGCGGUACAGCCUGGCAGAGAAGAUCCUUCGGGAUGCGGUGCAGGUGAACUCGACGGCCCACGACGUGUGGAACAGCCUGGGGGAGGUGCUGCAGGCUCAGGGCAAUGCUGCUGCCGCUACAGAGUGUUUCCUCACCGCCCUGGAGCUAGAGGCCUCCAGCCCCAUACUCCCCUUCACCAUCAUACCACGACAACUCUGACCUGGGAGAGAGACGCGCACACACACACACACACACACACACACACACACACACACACACACACACACACACAAGCUGCUUUAUCCCCCCAGUGUGAAGGUGCCAAAAACCUUCCUCAGAAGCGCCACCAUCAACCACCCUGUGAUGUCUCGGGCCCACCUCUUUCAUCCCAAUGAGAUUAGACAACUACCUCUCUCCUCUUGAGGCCAUUCAUAGGCCUAGCUAGAUGAGCUGGAGGGAGGGACCAUGGACAAAAAAUCCAAACACUGAUUAUCUGGUCCAAUAAUGUACAUCAAUGUAACUGUUGUUGCCAUGCCAACACCAAUGUGCUGUCUCCGCCCCCUAGUCUCUGCUGUGACCACUGUAUCGUAUACCACAACCCCUUGCUGUGCCUGACUAUGACUCCUGCACUCCAGCCUUUAUCUAAUCUACACUGAGCAAAAAUAUAAACGCAACAUGUAAAGUGUUGGUCCCAUGUUUCAUGAACUGAAAGAUCCCAGAAAUU